AUGUUGUAUCUUGUUUUCCUGAUUGCUGCUCUGCUGACUGGCUGUUCAGGUAUGUAAGAGAGUUUGAACUGUCUGAUAUAAGGUGUUUCGUUGCUCUGGUAGACAGGAUUGAAAAUGUUACCAAGGAAGUUUUUCUGGUAAAUCAGAAUCAUGAAGUACUGACUCUGCUGUAGUUAAUGUGACCGUUUUCAGACAACAUGUUGGCGUUUCAAAAACUGGACGGUACAGGAACCCAGACUUUGUUUGGGUUCUGAUCUACACACCUGUAUGUGUACUGAUCCAAAGCCCUGUGAGAUGUCCUGAGUUUGAUUGUUGGGUUUCUUCCCUCUCCGCACCAUGGAGGUUCUUCUUUUGGUUUUGAUGAUCCAGCUGGCCCAGUUUCAUAUAUGUUACACCUCACAGACUCCCUUUUGUUCUUGUUGAUAAAGGACAGCAGUCAGAAUUAGACAAGCUUUACAACCUUCCGUUUAUGAUGUGUACCUUGACCUAGAAAGGCGUAAUCAUGGUCAGAGUAAUGGUUGUUAAGUUUUUGUCUAUUCUCGUGUUUUAAGUCACUACUUUUGCCUUUGUUAAGCGAUACUUGUCAGAGGUUUGGGAGGUUUAGGGGUCAGUUCAAACAAAGGCCUAAAGGAUGCAAAGCAACUCAAGUUCUUUGAGGACUGUACUGAUCUAGUAGUGUAGGGUAAGAUCAUGCAAAAUAGUGGGGCUAAUGGACAGAGAUCCAAAUCCAGACCACAAGGUUCACAGGCCAAUCAGGAGCUAUCAGAAUCACCUGUGACUUCCCUCAGCUGGUACCAGUCAGCUGAAGCUGGGAUACUACAUGAGAAUGCCGACAGAUGCGAAAAGUUUGGAUGUUGCUCCUCAGGAGUUUAACAUCUUCAGUUGGCUGUCUUUGGUCUCAAACGGGUUCAGAUCCAUCUAUCCGGCUCAACUGUCAUUUCAAAGGUUCUGGUUCUGUGGUUCCCCAGGUCAUGUGUAAAGGAUACGAGAUACUAGAGGCUAACCUCAAACCAGGAAGUGUUAUUGUUACGACCAGCUUGAUAGGGGAGAAGGGAAGUAAUAUAAAACAACCAGAUGUUAAAUGGUCAAUUCGAGUUAUUUAUUAGCGCAGGUAAAACUGGCAAUAUCAACAAAAAGAGAGGCAGCAAAGGCCUUAAAGAAGGUACCAACAGAUUGCCGAAAACACAAAGAGACUCUAACCUAGAGUUAUUCAACAGCGACAGUGGUCUAGUAAAAACCUGUCCAGAGUGUGCCCCCUCCCCAUGUGCCAAGUAUUGAAUCCACCCCCUCUGACCCCAAAUGUGAUUCCUGGGUCAGACUAUGGAUCAGGUGUUUGAGAUGAGACCAAAUCUAAUACUUAUUUAAUUUCCCCGGGUUUUAGGUGACUCUUUGGACUAUGAUCCACCAGUAAAGGUCCAAGCAUUUGCUGGUGGGGAUGUUGUCCUACCCUGCAGUUUCAGCAUUACUGCCAAUGAUGACCUCCCAUCAGUGGAGUGGUCCAAGAAAGGCCUGCAGCCAGAUGUUGUCUUCCUCUACCGACAUGGAUGUGAGACCUAUGAGAUGAAAAACCCGGUCUUUGAAUUCAGGACGAGCCUCAUCACACGGGAGCUGAAAAACAGGAACUUCUCCCUCAGGAUCUCCAACCUGAAGCUGUCUGAUGCCGGGACGUACAGAUGCUCGAGGCUCUGGAGGAACGCCCCCUACGACAUUACAGAAGUUGAGCUCAUUGUGGGUAUGUCAAGUUCUGUUGGUUCUGAUCAGGAUCAGUUAGUUUGGGCCUAAUGCAGGACCAGCUCAAUCUGUUAAGGCCUAAAACCAAUUUAAAACGGACUUUAAAAGUUGGUCUCCCUGUCUCAUUUAUCGGAACAAUCAAAGCUCGCGUCUUUCAUCACUCUCGUUCUUGCAGAUGCGGUUUCAGAACCAAAACUGUCAUUCGGAUCAGCUGAGGGAGGAGGCGUGACUCUUCAGUGUGAGGCAAUCUGCUGGCUGCCUGAACCUGAGAUCACGUUUCUGGAUGAUGAGGGAAAUCACCUCACUGCUGAUGAACCAGAGAAGGUCCAAGAUGCCUGUGGGUGUUACACUGUGACAAGAAGAUUGUCUCUUCAGGGCACCACCAAAAGGUUGAGUUUUAAUGUGUUUCCCAACCUUAAACUCUUGGUUUUAGAGAGCAUGUUCAGGUGAGCUCAGUUUCCUUCAUUGGGUCUCCACAUCCCAAAACUCCCUCAAAAAAAGACAAAACUGCACAAACAUUAAAAGAAACACUACAACCAAGUGGUGUUUCCUCAUGAGAAAGAACAGGAAAGAUUGUUAACACUUGGAACUCUGCUGGAUCACCGGGGAUCCUAUGUGACACCAUUAAUAUUGUUCACAGUUUCUCAGGAACUAUACUGUGUAUCUCCAUGGGAUAAAAAGUGUUCAAAAGUUUACACUUUUGGCGAUCUAUCGAGGGUUUCCAGACAUUUCUACACCUGCCACAAGGUUUACAAUCCAGCCACAAAAACAGGUGUUCGAUCAGAGACGUUUGAUGGUAAAUCCGCAGUGAUAUACCGGUGAAAACAGGAUUAUUGAUCAGAUUGUUGUGACAUAAAAGGUCAAGAUCGCUAUAUACCGCUUAUGUCUUCUGGGUUUGACAAGCUUUUUCUGUCAAACCAAGACAAGAAAGUUCCCUGCUUGUCUGCACAAUCAGAAAUAAUGGUUCUCAAUGUUUGGAAACAAGCGAAGAAGAGAUUCUGAGCAGUAUGAUGUGGUCCUCUGUCUCAUCCCAGACAGGAACUGCUUCAAGGAGUGGCAGAAACAACUGUAAAUAGUCAAAAAAAGCCUGGGAGAAUGAGUGUAAAUAUGUCAAUAGUUGCUGUUGUGUGUUUGUUCCAAUCCCAAUAUUUCUUCUCCUGAUAGCCAAGACUUGAGAGGAUGAUGUUCAGGUGAGGAAAGGCUUGGUCACUGUGGAUUUGUGUGUUUUUGGAGCAAAGUACUGUUGGGAUCAAUUUCCGUUUUUGUUUUUUGGUUGACUUUGAUGUUUCUGAAUCUACUGUCACAUUUAUUUUACAUCAUUUUUGCUCCAUAAACUGACAGCUGAGGUUGUCCUGAAAAAAAAGAUGUGUAUAUAUUUGCUGUGCUUGAAAGGAUCGAGUUGCUACAUAGAUUUUUAUUAAAAAGAAAAAUAUAUAUAUCUCAAAAUACAGCAGGGAGUUCUAAGGUUAAAUCAUAUAUUUUAUCACAGGGUCACCUGCAGAGUUCACCAGCCAGAGAUCAACCAGACUAGAACUACAGAGACCUUGAUACCAGGUAUGCUGCACCCCCAACAACUCACCUGUACAGGUUGAAAUAAGUAACAAAAACUGAACAGUCACUUGUUAUGCAUCCAAUAAUUUGAACACAUAUGGUUGAGUGUGAACUCUUUGUGUCACAUGAAUUUUUCUGAGUGAUAAAAAGGGCCGGUGUAACAAGCUUGAGCCCCCACCUGUCCAGGUAACAUUCAUUGUUCCUCCUGUUUGGUGAAGAUUGACUGUUGUGUAUUCAUUUUUCAGCUGACUGCAUGAGGUCCUGUUCUCUAUCCACUGGCUUUGCUGUUGGAGGAACCCUUUCUCUCCUCUUGAAUCUGUGUGGAUUAGCUCUCUGUCUGAGGAAACGGUUUGGCCGAUCUGGUGAGUCACCAACAUUUAAACACUGAAAAGUCAGUGAGUGGGGCGGCACAGCCGAUUUGAAUUUGCAGUUCCUUGUGAGUUCCUCAAGAUGGCAGAAAAGUUCUCUCAGUGGCUUAAAUCUGCUCAGACGUAGGGCUCAAAUCAAACAUAGAAAACAACGUUCUGAACAUUUUUAGGGCUUUUAUUUUCUUAAUCCUUGGCUUCCUGCUCAUUAAAAAGGACCUCAAAAAAACUUAUUUGUCCAGAUCUUGAAAUGUAAAAGUUCCUCAGAAGAAGAUUCAUGUGAUAUCUGACUUCUUUCUUGUGUUGUAGGUGGAUACACAUUUCCAGUGAGGAGAAAGUCGUCAGCUCAAAGUUCAAGAAGUGCUGCCUACGAAAACCAGUCGCUCCUGCAGAGCGUCAUGGUCGACGGGGAUACCCACAUGGAAAACAGCCCCACUGGUGAGCUUUCCUUAAAGCUGCAUUCAACCAACCGCCAGCUUCAAACCCUCUCUGAUGCUCAGCUGAUUUCAUUAGAUGUUGCGCCGGUGCAGAGCCGUCCUUCAGAACCUGGCCUCCGACGAACCAACAGUAACCCUGAUGUUUUGAAGAUCCCGCUGCCGGCCAGUUCUUCCUCAACCAGCAGCCCAAAAAAGAGGGUCAGCUUUGACAGCCGGUUCGCCAACACGCCUUCUGCUCAGCGCGGUCCAAACCUUCCCAAUCUGAAGCGCCGACACUCCUCAGUGCUUCCAUAUUCGCUCAGUAACCAUUUCCACCUCCCAGCAGAAGUCCCAGAAGAAACACUGACUUCAAUUUGA